AUGAAAUUCACAUUAACAAAACCAUUCAUUCUUCGUUGUUUUCUCAUCUCUCUUUUUCUCUCCCUUCCUCUUCUCUUCCUCCAUCUCUUCUCUUACCAACCACCCAUAAUUACAACCACCACCACCACCACCACCACGACCGGUCUAAAAAUCCGACCCGGAUACACAUCCUACGAAACCUACAUACAACGCCAACUCAACAAAACUCUCAACCCAAAACUCCGCAAAAUAUGGACAACCCGCGACUGGAACCGCAAGAUCCCAGUUUUCGUCAAAUUCUUCCAACAACUCAUAACCAACAACCUCCUCCAAAAAUCAUCCAAAGCCUUGUGCAUUGGCGCACGCGUCGGCCAAGAGGUUGAAGCUCUACGAAGAAUCGGCGUCGUCGAUUCCAUCGGAAUGGACCUCGUUCCCUAUCCACCGUUGGUCGUGAAAGGCGAUUUCCAUAACCAACCGUUCGAUAACGACACGUUCGAUUUCGAAUUCUCUAACGUCUUCGAUCAUGCGCUUUACCCGCAGAAAUUCGUUGCUGAGAUCGAACGGACGUUGAAGCCUAACGGCGUUUGCGUCUUACACGUGGCGUUAUUGCGUCGCGCUGAUAAAUACUCCGCCAAUGAUCUUUACAGUGUUGAGCCUCUCGUUGAGCUUUUCAAGAAUUCUGUUUUGGUUCAUGUUGUUAAAGUUGAUGGUUUUGGAUUGGACACUGAAGUUGCGUUUCGUAAGAAAUUACCACCAACUCCUCACAAAUUGUAA